GCCGGAGAAGCGAGGGUGAGGCGGUCAUGGCGGCGUCGGCGACGACCGUGACGGUGACGGCGGCGACAGCUGCUGUGGCGGCCGGUCUUCCCGGCAGCGGCGAGGCGCGGAGGCCGCCUUUCCCCCAGGACUGAGGUCGGGGCCAUCCAGGCCCUUCCCUCCGGCCCGGCCCCGGCCCCGGCCCCAGGUCCGGCCCCGGCAUGGCUGGGAUCAUCAAGAAGCAGAUCCUGAAGCACCUGUCCCGAUUUACUAAGAAUUUGUCACCUGACAAAAUCAACCUGAGUACUCUAAAAGGGGAGGGCCAACUGACCAACCUGGAGCUGGAUGAAGAGGUUCUGCAGAAUGUACUAGAACUUCCCACAUGGUUAGCUAUCACUCGGGUCUUCUGCAACAAGGCCUCCAUCAGGAUCCAAUGGACAAAGCUGAAGACACAUCCAAUCUGUCUGUGUCUGGAUAAAGUAGAAGUAGAGAUGAGAACAUGUGAAGAGCCUCGGCCCCCCAAUGGACAGUCCCCCAUUGCCCUGGCUUCAGGACAGAGUGAGUAUGGCUUUGCUGAGAAGGUGGUGGAGGGAAUGUUCAUUAUCGUUAAUUCUAUCACCAUCAAGAUUCACUCCAAGGCCUUUCAUGCCUCUUUCGAGUUGUGGCAGCUCCAGGGCUACAGUGUUAACCCCAAUUGGCAGCAGAGUGACCUCCGCCUUACCCGCAUCACUGACCCCCACCGAGGAGAGGUUCUUACAUUUAAAGAGAUAACAUGGCAGACUCUUCGGAUCGAGGCAGAUGCCACUGACAAUGGUGAUCAGGACCCAGUCACUACUCCACUGAGGCUCAUUACCAACCAGGGCAGGAUCCAAAUAGCCCUCAAGAGAAGAACCAAAGACUGCAAUGUGAUAGCUUCCAAGUUGAUGUUCCUGCUAGAUGACCUGCUUUGGGUACUGACUGACUCACAGCUCAAGGCUAUGAUGAAGUAUGCAGAGUCGUUGAGUGAGGCAGUGGAGAAGUCAGCUCUACAGAGAAAAAGUUUGGCACCUGAGCCCACACAAAGUACUUCACCUGCUGCUCCCAGUGCCCAUCAUUCUUGGAGCCAAGCAUUUGGUAGUGGUCAGAGCAAUGUUAGCAACAGCCGGAUCAGCCAGUACUUUGAGAAGUUUGAUGUGAAGGAAUCAUCUUAUCAUCUGCUUAUUUCACGCUUGGAUCUACACAUUUGUGAUGACAGCCAGUCCCGGGAACCAGGGGACUCAGCAAACAGAGUGAUGGGUGGUGCCAUGCAACUUACCUUCCGGAAAAUGGCCUUUGACUACUAUCCUUUCCAUUGGGCAGGAGAGAAUUGUAAGCACUGGGUAAGGCACUGUGAGGCCAUGGAGACCAGAGACCAGUGGGCUCAGAAGCUGGUGACUGAGUUUCAAAGCAAGAUAGAAAAAUGGAAUGAAGAAGCAGAUCUGAAAUCUUCCUUGCAUCUGGGGACAGACUUACCUUUCCACAAGAAAUCAGAAUCUUUCUCCAGUCCCCAGAAGAGCCACCUCGAGAAGAGUUCAUUACGCAGCAGCCAGGCUGUCCCCACUCCACUUUGGCCCCCUGCCUGGAACCGAUUGCGCUCUAGUUGUUUGGUGGUCCGUGUGGAUGACCUGGAUGUCUACCAGGUUUCUACAGCUGGUCAGCCAAGGAAGAAGCCAUCCACACUCCUUUCAUGCACCCGAAAACUCUGCAAUCUUCCCACUCAGGUCUCUGCCAUUCAUAUUGAAUUUACAGAGUAUUACUUCCCCGAUAAUCAGGAACUCCCAGUUCCCUGUCCCAAUCUCUAUGUGCAGCUGAAUGGCCUAACCUUCACCCUAGAUCCCAUCAGUUUGCUCUGGGGGAACCUCUUCUUGCUGGAUUUAUAUCGCAGCCUGGAACAGUUCAAGGCCAUCUACAAACUUGAGGAUAAAAGCCAGAAGGAUGAACAUGUGGAUGUCCUGAUGGACACCUUCCAGUUGAAGUUGAGCCUCCCUCUGGAGAAAAAAGACUUGGCUUCCUUGCAUCGUCCUCAGGCCCUGGUUAUCUCCACUUCUGCCAUGACUGCCACUAAUACACGGCACGCUCUGCACUGUAGUUGUGUGGACCUCCAGAACAUCUUUCGUAGCUUUGCUGCUACUGAGUUCUUUCAUUCCAACUACUCUCAUUUUCCCAAAGCCCCAGGUGGAUUCAGCCUCCUCCACAUGCUUUUCCUACAUCAUGCCUUCCAAAUGGACUCCCGUGCCCCUCAGUUCAGCACUCUCCUUCCUCAGAGGGAUCUAGCCUCCCAAGACCUCUGGUCAAUCUACUUUACCCAAAUAUCCCUGGACUUUGAAGGGACAGAGAACUUCAAAGGACAUACGUUGAACUUUGUGUCUCCUUUCCCCUUAUCCAUGUGGAUUUGUCUGCCUAUCUGCUGGCAGCAAGCACAGGCACGGAAACUGCUUUUGGUAAGGGAGGGAAAGAUGAAACCAUCUGCCAGUUUUGGCAGUCCUGUCCAGCCCAUGUUUCUUGCCCCAGAGUCUGGGUCUCAUCAGAGGUCAAAGACAGAGUGUGAUCUGAAGAGUCUUUCUGGACUUCCCGAGGUCAUUAAUGCUCUGAGAGAAGGGAAUCGAGGUGUGGACAGUAAAGGGCCCACAACAGAAAUGGAGGCCACAGCAGAUAUCCAUGUGUUAAUACACUCUUCUUCCCAUGUUCGAGUGCGGCUGAACCACUACCAAUACUUGGCUCUGCUCCGACUGCAGGAGGUACUUCAGAGUCUUCAGGAGCAAUUGGCUCAGGAUACCCAAGCUAUGACUGGGUCUCCCUUGCCAAGCCAGACAGUUUGCAUAGGGAUCCUGUUCCCUAGCACUGAGAUAGCCUUACUCAUGCACUCGGCCACUCCUACGGGAGAGGCUGGCUCUGCAGGCUCAGAGACCACUAGCAUCAUCGAUUCAGAGCUCUCUCCUUCAGAGGACAGGGAACUGAAGUCUGAUGCUUCCUCAGACAGGGGUCCAUUAAGUCCAGCAAAGGCCCUGGAAGACAACAGCAUUGAAAAUCUGGGCACUUUCCGGGACGGAACAGAUCUCUCACAUAGUAAUGGAAUACUGCAGGACCAGGACCCCUUUUCACAGCUGGGAGACAAAGCCCACGAAGAGGAGAUCCAUAAAUCCAGGGAAUCCUCACAGACUAAAAAACUGAGCAAAACCCAAGUAUCUAUCCCACCCAGCCCCCUGCAAGAGGUGGUGAGUAGGGACACAGUUCUGAGUGAUCAGGGUGGGAUGAACCCUGUGAAGAACAUUGAGGAAGAGUUGGCCAGUGCUAUACAUUUGACCAAGGAUGCAACCAAGGAGGCCCUUCAUGCCACCAUGGACCUCACCAAGGAAGCCAUGUCAUUGACCAAAGAUGCCUUUAGCCUGGGCAGGGAUCGGAUGACCUCUACAAUGCACAAAAUGUUAUUCCUUCCUCCAGCCAACAGGGAGCCCCUGGCCAAGGUGGAGGAAGGAGGAACCUCAGCAAGUGGAGGAGCUGCUAGGCUUCGUCAUUUCUCAAUAAAGAGGACAGUGUCCCAGCAGUCACUUGAUGGUGUCUCACAGGAUGGUGGUGGUCCUGAAGAUCGACUUUCAGUGGACAGUGACGGAAGUGAUAGCUUUGUAAUGCUUUUGGAAUCUGAGUCUGGAUUGGAAUUAAUACCCCCAGAACAACUCCCACCAGCAUUGGAUGAUAGUGGUAAUCAAGAGAACCCCAGAGUAAAUGAGGAUGACCUAAUAUCUCCAGAGGUGAAUAGCUCAGUGUCACCUAGCAAGAGAGACCCUAUUCUUCAGCCGGUGUCAGUUCUGGUUCUAAAGGUAAGCCAGGUGGCUCUUGGUAUUGAAGCAAAAGAUCAGGACCUCACUGUGGCCCUGCAGUCAGAGGAGCUAACCCUCCAGCAGCCGGGCAUUGUGAGGCUUUGGCAGUUCCUGCAUGAGCAGUGCCCAGAGUACCCAGCUCUGAAGACUAUCCACACCAAGCCAGCUGUGGGCCUUCGAUUCGAGGUGGGACCCUGUGCUGCUGUUCAUUCUCCCCUGGCUUCAAAAAAUGGUUUCCUUCACCUCUUGCUCCAUGGUGGCAGUCUGGAAUUGUUGACUUCAGUGCUCACUGGUCUGGGGCCCUUCUUGGAGGAUGAGGAGGUUCCUGUGGUUAUUCCUAUGCAAAUUGAACUGUUGAACAUGAGCAUCACCUUGAAGGAUGAUAGCCCUCCAGUUUACCCCACAUCCCCAGGACCUGUCCCAGUCAUUCUGGCCUUGGAGCAUAUUGUGGUGAAGCGCGAUGAUGAUGGUGUCUUCCACAUAGUAGCUGCUGCCCAGGACGAGCCAUCAUCAGAAGGCCCUCAGCAUGAGAAAAAGCAACACUCAGAGGAACAGGUGGUUGGCUUACCUACAGGAAUUCUCCUUGGACAGCAGGUGAAAGAGCUGUCCACCCUACAGAAGGAACUUUUAGCCAUGAAGCAAGCAUUAGCCUGUGCCAACAAAGACAAAGAGAAGCUUCUACAAGAAAUCAGGAAGUACAAUCCUCUCUUCCAGCUUUGACAGCAGCAACACCCACAGGAAAGAACACCAGCAGCAGCACCACAAGGGAAGAAAGCUCCAUCUGAUGUUGAACAUGUCUAUUUGAUUACACUGGAAGGAGAGUAGGAAUUCCUGAAUCUGCCCCUUUGGAGCAGAUUUCAUUCCUGCCAGCUGUUCUAGCCAAAGACAGGGUAGCUACAUCAGAACCCAGGGUAUGGCAAGUUUUGUGUGUGUUUUUCACUGUUCCAGUGCCAUUCACAGCUUGUCUAAAGCUCCACUUGCUCAGUGGGCUGGAGUCUUUCGGUGGGUAGGACCAUUCCACCUUCUGGUGUCUUUGCAAAAAUACUUGCUUCCUCUUUAACAUGAGUACUUGUAUAAGGGAGAAAACUUGCCCCUUCCAGUGUCCUCAGAAAGAACCACCAAAGAUCACACGUCCCAGAGCUUCCUGUAGCAAAACUGAACCAACCUGGCCAAGAGCCCCAACUGAGAAGGUUGUAGCAUCACAGAGAGUAGGACAGCACAGUGAUGAGGGCAAAGGGAUGAAUGGAUGGAUGGAGCCCAAGAGGAUCCAGAUGUAGCACCUUAGGCAUGGUGAGAGAAAGGGACAGCACCCUACCAUUCUUGGAAAAGUUGCUGGGCAUAUUUCAUCUUUGCAUAUACUGCCAUCAGGUUUUCAGGAAGGUUUGUUACAUAUAAGAAGGAACCAAACUCAUCGUGGUGAUAUAAUAGUAGUAAACAAGGGUGCAGUGCCAACAUUGUCUUUUCCUUCUAUUACCGUUUAUUUGAAACUCAAAACAACAAAAACGGUAAGCCCAGAGCUGUUAAAGGUCUGAUCUGGUAGAAGUGGGAUCCAGAUGAGUAGUAUCCUUGGUUUUGAGCCCUGGUACUCUUGGCCUUCUAAGGAUCUUAUAUCUUCUUUACAAUUCCAGCCCCAGCCCUCAUCAGUUCUUCCCUUCUCACACCCUUAUUAUCUACUCCACCUCUAAAGGAGAGUGACCUAGCAACCGUUCUUUUAGUAUUUACCAGGGUAGAAGCAAGUAGUAUUUUUUAACCUUUAUUAUAAAUAUCCAGUAUGGCCAAGCCUUGCUUCCUUUGUAAUUGUGGCUUUUUUCAGGGGAAAUUAACCCUUUUGACUAUGUAUUGCCUCCUCUCCCAUAGAAGAAUUUGCCUUUCCUCUUCUAAGCAGGCAGCCUCCAUGAUGUGCAGACAGACCUAGUGAACUGUAUCAGUUGGUUAACUAUAAUCAGGCGAGCUGGUAAAAUUGAUACCAGAUAGAACAAUUUAAGUUUUAUAUCCAUAACUCACUCUGGGAAAGGUUAACAGUCGUUUCUUUAAACAGGAAACAGCUUGACUUAUUCUUUGAGUAGCUAAAUUGCACUUUUAAAAAAUUUGGCAAGGUUCCACACCAAAUUUUUCUAAAGUUACUAUAGAUUGGGGUAAUAUAUCCUGCCUGGUAUGGGCAGAGAGUAUAAGUAGAUUGCUUAUGAGAAGUCUUAAGAUAAAUUCAUAUAUGAGAGCCUCCUAAUCAUCUAUAUUGGGAAGUUAGAGCUUUGGGGGUACACAUCACAGUGGGCAACCAUGUUCUACAAACCAUCCGUUGUAGGAAUUUUGAAACAGACCAAGUGAGCAGUUCUGAUGUUUUUAAGGAGAUUGAAAAAGGACCAGAAAUUUGAAAAUGAGGUUGUUAAACUUCAUGCUCACUUAAAUUGAGUAAAGAUCUCAUAACUAAUUGGUUUUUUUCUUCCCCUACAAAGAAAAUGGGGGAAAGUUUAUAAUAGAUAUCAUCUGGUAUACAGUGGGCCACAGCUGGAAAUAAAAGUGCCAAAUUAUGAAUAAGGUUAUCACCUUAAUAACUGUCCUGCCAACUCUUAGGCUUUGUGGAAGUUUUUUGAACAACUGUAAAAAGCAGGACAGAGUGGCAUUCAAAGACCUUGAGCUUUUUGGCUUCCUUCUUUCUACCAGGCAGUUUCUGCCAUUGUGUCUUGAACCUUUCCCUUGGAAAGGUAGUAUGGCUCAUCUCCCCUAGCUUUACUAGGAUGACACCAUCUAAUCACUGUCUCCAUGGCUUCUCCACUGCCCUGCAUUAAGGGAGAAAAGAAGACUUUUUCUUAUAAAGAAAAUGUGAAAAAAUGGUAGUCCCCUGCUGCUGAAAGUGUUGGGGGGAGAGUUGCAAUGUCUCUGCCCACUUCUCCGGUUCCUUGGUCUUGGAGGGUCUCUGCCUUUGAGCAGCUUGACCUCCUGCACAUGAAAUGGUGAAGAAGCUGUGAACAAGAGAAAUGCAGACAAUCCUCAGCAGCUCUGUCUUUGUCCACACUCCAGCUCUGCUGUCCUUCAACAUGUCUUGACAUUCUACUCUCAUGACCAGUAUGAAUAUGAAGUACUUAAAAUUGUGUUAUCUGAAUUUGUCAUGCAGGAUUCUUGUUUACUGCACAUAGCGACUAAAACUUGGGACCUUCUCCAGAGCCAGUGAGAAAACUGUUAAAUGUUGUAGUUGCUGCUGCUUUCAUGUUCUGAGAGGUUGAAUUUGUCACCAGAAUGCUUGGCCUUUGCUAGGGUUCAGUUAUUCUGACCUAUGGCAAAUGGAGGAGUGUAUUCUUUGCAUGAUAUGACUAACUUUUCCUGACUCACACUUUGACCCUGGAAUUGUCAUGGAUUUCACUGUAUGCCUUGCUUUUUUUCAUAGUUUUGUAAAGAGUGGUCCUUAUGUAUGGAAUUUGAAUGCAGGUGCUAGACAUUCUUGUAGGUGCUUACAGGUAACCUAUUUAAACUGGAUAAAACUAGGACUGAGUAUGUUGUGAACUGGAAAGAAGGCAACUUGAAAUGUUAAGUGAUACAGGGAUUCAUUGCAUUUAUAAAGAAAUGUAAAAGCUGUGCCACGUUACCCAGUUGUCACAGCCCCAGAGACAAAGGCUUUGGUUACUUUUCAAUUAAUAUAUUGUCACUGUUUGCUGAGAGACCUGCCUGCUAUUGGUACCAUCCUUUCAGGAAACUUAAAAAUGGCAUCUAGUUACCUCUUCUGCUCUCCAAUUAGUCAUCAAGGAUUGAUCCCAUUAAUCAGUUUUGGAUAGCAUGUGAAUAGUAGGAAGCAACUAACAUGCCAGCAUCAGCUAAAGCUCUGUAAGACCUUUAGAUUUUGAAAAGGGACAUAGAAUAAGUCCUUUGAUUUUGGAAGCUCAGGAGCCAAACUCUUCCAUAAGUCUCUUCACUGUGACACUGUUUGCUAAGUGGCAGAUAUAUAAAUGUGUUCUUUCCAAAUUACUUAGAAAUUAUUGCAGCCCUAACCAUGAGCCUUACUGGGCACCAUUGACCGUGGUGGUCAUUGUUCCCAUCAGCUCUAUGAAAUGCUCAAAAGUAUAGCUGAAACAGAGGUUCCUGCUUAUACAUUCACAGUAAAAAUUGAUUUGGUUUAAUUUAUUGAAUUUUGAUCAAGACUUAAAUGGAGUCUUGGAAAUGGAAACCACUAAAGCAUCUUAUGUGUAGGCUGAAGGAACCUGGUUUGGAAAACCCUUUGUUUUAGUGGUAGAUAUUCAAAAUCAGGCUAGCAGAUAGAUUUCUUCUAAUAAUUCCUUUUCUUCAUAUUUGCUAGGUAGAGCUUCUGCCUUAGUAAGAAAAAUUAAGAACCAUUCUGCUUGAAUUGUAAUAUAAACAAUGCCUUCCCUUUUCCCUAGUGAUAUACAACAGAAAGGAAACACCUUAUGGGAAUUCCCAAAGUUUUGAAUUGGCCUUAUUACUGCUGAUCACUGUCCAUAAAAAGUCGCUCCACUCUCCUCUAUCUGAGGAAACAGUGUGGAUGUAUCUGCUGAACCAGAUUCCUAGUCAGUAUUAGGAAUUUUAAUGUUGCAAUAUCUAAUAUUUCCAUGCGUGUACUGGUUCUGUGAACCACCUGGAAAAAUGGUAAAUUAAACUUACUGAACAGCAUUGGCUACAGUUCUGUCUGUCUGUCUGUCUGAGAGGAAGUGAAAGCAGCCUUUUAAUUCUGUUUCAAAUCCAUUUAUGAACCCUUUCUAUGUGAGAUGAAUCAGAUUUAUAGUAAUGUCAGAUAAAGUAGUUUAAAAUGUUUACAUUGAGAAGACUAAAGGAAAAAACUAUCUACAUCCUGGACAGAAAGCUAUGGAAGGUGAGAACAGGAACCAUUUUCCCACACCCCGCUACUGAUAACUUAGAGUUUUGAAUACACAAAUCAAAGUACAUAUGUCCCAAGUU